CGAUGGCACAGGACACGCGUCCUGCCAACCUGAUUGGACGCUGCCGCGGCAGGGCUCAGUGGGCAGUACCCGAGUUCCGUUAGUCACUCGUCCUCCUCAAUGUCACCGUCUCCCUCUUCCAGACGCACCCUUACGCCUCCCUUCCCCCUCACCCGGGUGGGGUUCCCAGGCUCCUCCCCCGAGUGACUAAGCGCCUCCGCGCUCCCCCCACCGCUCGCUAGGCCUGCGGCUGCCAUGGCAACCGUACGCCGCCGCCACCGCCUCUUCACGCACGUAGGGAACUAACGGACUCCGCGGCGGCGGCGGCCGGUGCCCCACCCCCACCCGGACCGCCUCACCAACGGCGGGCCGACCUGCGGCACGUCUCUGGAGGAAGAUGAAUUUGGCUGAGAUUUGUGACAAUGCAAAGAAAGGAAGAGAAUAUGCACUUCUUGGAAACUAUGACUCAUCAAUGGUGUAUUACCAGGGGGUGAUACAGCAGAUUCAGAGACAUUGCCUGUCAGUCAGAGACCCGGCUGUCAAAGGCAAAUGGCAACAGGUUCGGCAGGAAUUAUUGGAAGAAUACGAACAAGUUAAAAGUAUUGUCAGCACUUUGGAAAGUUUUAAAAUUGACAAGCCCCCAGAUUUCCCUGUGUCUUGUCAAGAUGAACCAUUUAGAGAUCCUGCUGUUUGGCCGCCCCCUGUACCUGCAGAACACAGAGCUCCACCUCAGAUAAGGCGUCCCAAUCGAGAAGUAAGACCUCUGAGGAAAGAAAUGCCGGGAGUAGGAGCCCGGGGACCUGUAGGCCGAGCACAUCCUAUAUCCAAGGGUGAAAAACCCUCUACAAGUAGAGACAAGGAUUGUAGAGCAAGAGGAAGAGAUGAUAAGGGAAGGAAGAAUAUGCAAGAUGGUGCGAGCGAUGGUGAAAUUCCUAAAUUUGAUGGUGCUGGGUAUGAUAAGGAUCUGGUGGAAGCUCUAGAGAGAGACAUUGUAUCCAGGAAUCCUAGCAUUCAUUGGGAUGACAUAGCAGAUCUGGAAGAAGCUAAGAAGUUGCUAAGAGAAGCUGUUGUUCUUCCUAUGUGGAUGCCUGACUUUUUCAAAGGGAUUAGACGGCCAUGGAAGGGUGUACUGAUGGUUGGACCCCCAGGCACCGGUAAGACUAUGCUAGCUAAAGCUGUUGCCACUGAAUGUGGCACAACAUUCUUCAAUGUUUCCUCUUCUACACUGACAUCUAAAUAUAGAGGUGAAUCUGAGAAGUUAGUCCGUCUGUUGUUUGAAAUGGCUAGAUUUUAUGCGCCGACCACGAUCUUCAUCGAUGAGAUAGAUUCUAUCUGUAGUCGAAGAGGAACCUCUGAUGAACAUGAGGCAAGUCGCAGAGUCAAGUCUGAACUACUCAUUCAGAUGGAUGGAGUUGGAGGAGCUUUAGAGAAUGAUGAUCCUUCCAAAAUGGUUAUGGUAUUGGCUGCUACUAAUUUCCCAUGGGACAUUGAUGAAGCUCUGAGAAGGAGACUAGAAAAAAGGAUAUAUAUACCUCUCCCAACAGCAAAAGGAAGAACCGAGCUGCUGAAGAUCAAUCUUCGUGAGGUUGAACUGGACCCUGACAUUGAAUUGGAAGAUAUAGCAGAGAAGAUUGAGGGCUAUUCUGGUGCUGAUAUAACUAAUGUUUGCAGGGAUGCCUCUUUAAUGGCAAUGAGACGGCGAAUCAAUGGCUUAGGUCCAGAAGAGAUCCGUGCACUUUCUAAAGAGGAGCUUCAGAUGCCUGUUACCAAAGGAGACUUUGAAUUGGCUCUUAAGAAAAUUGCCAAGUCUGUCUCUGCUGCAGACUUGGAGAAGUAUGAAAAAUGGAUGGUUGAAUUUGGAUCUGCUUGAAUUUCUGUCAGUUCUUCAUUUCUGGUAUUUUUAUUUAUAAAAUGUGAAGAAAUUCCCUGCAGUUUUUUUUUUUUUUUAAAAACAGGUUUAGAACUUUUCAUUGGAGAGGUGCUUCCCUUAAAGGCAAAAAACUUAAAACCACAAAGAAUAUAUAUAUAGUUGGGAAAGAAGAAAAGCUUACACAGGGAGCCUGAUAGUCUCCCUCACCUGGCUUUGUGCUGGUAAUGCCACUUUUUCACGCAUUAAUAUUGCACAUGCAAAAAAAAAAAAAGGCAGCGUGUCAGGAGGCCAAAGAGCGAUCAGUGUGCUCACGUAGAAGCUUGUUUACAAAAGGGUUAGAAGGCCCUCUCUUUCUCAGUUGCAUUUGUUGGUUUUGGUUUUUUUCUAUUCUUCGCUCUGAGCAUGAGGGACCCAUGUAUGUUGACUUUUAACACUAGAACUGGGUUUGUGUCAAAUUCAUUAUUGUUAAAAAUGAUGGUUUUGAAUUAACUAAUUUGUUAAACCUUUAGAAUUCAACUCUUACUGUCACAGUCUUAUCAUAUAGUUGAAUUUUUACCUUCUGUUCUCCCACCAUUUCUUCUAUUAACUAUCUAAUCCUUUACUCAGCUUCAUGAUGUCCUCAUGGCUUGUGGUCUUUGAAGUGUUUUGUCAGGUUGUUUCUCUGGUCUUAAGUAUUUUUUGCUGGCACGUAUGUUGGAAGGGUGGAGAGAAUAUUAUGAUUGCAUAAGAAGCACUUCUUCAUUCUUGAAUUCUAGAUUUGUUUUCACUUUUCGUUCAGUAUGUUCAAAUAGAUAAACCUUUUAUUUUCCUCAGCUCUAACAAUGUUUGAUUUUUGCUGAACUUGACUUUCAUAUUCUAAAUAAAUACUUUGGUAUUCUAAGGAAGUCCACUCUCUUGUGGCUAAUGCAAAACAAACAAAAUCUUUAGAGUUUUCUGGAUAGCUGGUUUAACAAAAUAGCAUUAUAUAUAAUGAGUGAUGUUCAUUUUAAAAUUUUAAAAUUAUUCCUUGUCUAGGUUGAGAACUUGUACAUAGAAGUCUGACAUGCACAUUGAGUUCAACAGGAAUUAGACAAUAAAAAAAGGCCAAAAAAAGUAGAUGGCUUCUAUCUAAUCACAAGUAGAGCAUCCUCAUGCUUGUUUUUUAAAAUUACAUUUAUCCCAUUUGGAUUGGGCAACCUUUGCUUUAAUGGUGAUGCUUUUUAAAAUUUGUAUUUGAUGCUAUCUUGAAUUCUCAGUUUUGGAGAGCACCCAACUGGUUUAAAACUAAAAAUAAUAGAACUUUUUAGACACUUAACAAAAAAACUCUUAGUAUCUUGCUUUAAGACAUUUGUUUCCCCUAUUAGGAGUUGUAUAAUUUUCAGAUAACUGAAGUCUGACUCUAAACUCCAGUAUUUUAUAUAAUGCGAUAAAUCACCCCUCCUUCCCUCUGGGGCGUAGUUUAUAAGAGUUAAAAUCAUAGGACAUCAUGAUUUUAUUUUAAUUGAAUGAAUUCAUUUAAAAAAUUGAAGUAAGUUUUCUUUUAUUCAUUAACUUCUUAAAUAAAGAAAUAAAUGAUCACACUAAGAUAAUCUUGCAGACGGUUACCAUCCAGUAACAUAUUUUUUUCCCUGAAGUCCUAAGGACAGCUAUUAAAACGUGUGUUUUGAUUGCUAAAACUUGUUAGACUCUUUUUCUAGGUCUUGUGGUAUUUGUGUUGGCAUGUAUUUCUUCUUUUAAAAUUCUUCAUGGAUAAUAAUAUGGUAAUUGUGAUUUAAAAAACAUUAUCAGUUAAGUAGUAUUUGGACACUCAAGCUUUCUAGAAGCUUAUCUUUGGUAUGUUGGUGAACCAGGUGCACUUUUAAAAUUUUUGAUUUCCGUUGUUUCUCAUUUUGCUCUGUCAGUGGGUGGCAAAUGCUUUGUGUUUCAUAACCCCCUUAAAGGAUCCUGAGGAGAUUGCUCGGGUGUUCUGUCCAGCCUUUACUGUACACUGUCGUACGCUGUCUUUAUCGUAAGACAGUGUGUUGCCUUACCCAGAAUGAGAAAAUUGUUGUCUUCUUCUUUGUUUUUUUUUUUUUUUUUCCUAUGUUGCAUUAUCAGAUUAGAAAGAUUCAGUUCCUUUACUUGAUCUGAAACCAUGAGUGUUUGGGGCUCUGCAGCACAGUGAGGUUAGGACUGAGUUUUGUACAAUUCUGUCUUACAAAUAUCUGAUCAGAUAAUUCCUUCAUUUAGCAGGCUUGCAUUGGUUGCUUACAGUCUACGAGACCCUCGGGUGGUACCUCUGUGGCUUACAGAGUUGGACUAGGCUGGGCAAUUCUGACUGGGCACUUUCUAUAAUUACACUGUGUGGCUUCUGGCUCCAACUAAUGAAACGAGUUCAGAUUUUAAAAAGGAGAGGCACGGUAAUCUGUGUGUUCUCUGAAAGAUAAUAUAUAUAGGUUUUUCUCUCUUUCUCCUUUAAAUGUUUUAAAAUAAGUUUGUUUGAACAAUGGAAUUAUUAUAGAUCUGGCAAUUUUCACAAACCAUUUCCCAAACUUCACGUUUAUUGUAAACGUGUACACGUGUAAUUAUGGGAGACAUUUUGCUCUUGUUAUCACUCUAUUUUUUUAAACGUACUUAGUGUUGAUGAAAUGUACUAGACAAAUGGCUUUUAAAUGUAGGCUGAGACCUUCUAGAAAUCCAAGCAGGAAACUAGGGAAUGGCAUCACAGACUUUCAUCUUCCAGUUAGUAGUGCUGUAGCCAUUCUAGCAUGAUCAAAACACACUUUGGGCUUGGACCUCUGUCUCCAGAAAAAGCAAGAUAGCUUGGAAGAGGAAAUGUGUUGAGGUCUAGCUGCAUAAUUAGGGGCUUCAGCUGAGCUCCUGAGAUGGCAGUUUUUCUGACGUGAUAUUUGACUGUCAGAGUAUAGGGUGAAACCGCUAAUUACUCAGAAAGUGAGCGUACAUAUAUCUUGUGAAUCUGCUAUCAACAAACAUACAGGUUCUCCAAGUAAAAAUGUGUGUCUGCAGCACCAAUGUACAACGUAAAUGUCACUCUUGCACUUGGCUAUAUGUAGCCUGACUGUUGAACACGAAAUUACUGAUAAUCCUGAGGUUUUGUACAGCUUGAGUUCACGUGAACUCCUGCGUUGGAAGUUCUUUAUACUUUAUACUGUUGAAUCUAUGAUGAGAAUUGUAAAAUGAUAGCCAGUUGGCAUAGUUAGGUUUCUCUCCUCUCCAGCUAGGGUGGAGGAUAUAUAUAGACUUAGGCAGGUAUUUCAUAUUGUGUGGGCUUUGGCUCCUUCAGUAUUAUCUUGAUUAUUGAGUCCUUUUGGUGUAAUAGUAGAUCCCCACUCUUUCUUUUAUCUUAGUGAUAAAUCAUCUUAAUCCUGUGUGAUAGGCCUAAAAUGUUAAGGAUAUUUGCUGGCCUUUUCCAAGAAACGGCCACAUUAACUUGAAUGAAACAUUUUUUUGAAACUUUUUUUUUGUGUCUUUUGUUUAACUGUUUUGAUUGUAUGAUUUUUUUUUUACAUAUCACUUAAUCUGUGAUGCACAUAAUAUUUAUAUGAACCUAGAAAUCUGUCACAAUAGAGAAGAAUAGGAAUUACAGUUGGAGGGCUUAUUAGGGAAUAAAAAUAUUUGAACCCCGAAUGUUAUAUUCUCAUCUCCACUAAUUAUUUUUGCAGAAAAAGCUAAAAACUCUAUUAUAAUUAUUAUAUUUACUUAUUUAUACUUUCAAAUUGGGCUUUAUUUAUUUAAUUCUUAAAGGACAUUUGCUUUUUAAUAUUGUUUCUUAAUGCAGGAAUGGUAUAAGUACUUUAAAAAUAAAAUCCCUAAGAUAAUAGGUACCUUUUUAAACAAAUGCAAAUUAACAGUAAUUCUUGAAAUGUUUACUAGGUUUUUUGACUGUCGACAGCUCUUUAACUCAGUGGUAUUUCUGAAUUUCCAAGUGACUUGUUAAUAAAAAAAAAAAAAAAAGGAAAACUAAUAAGGUAAUGUCAUUUAUUCUUUUUAUUUUACCGUUCUCACUUCUUGAUCAGCCUUAUUUCAUGUAUGUCUAUAAAUAACCUGGAUACUGCUUUGUCACCGGCAGUGUGGUUUUAUACGUUUGGAAAUUCAGCACAACAAAUAGGGAAUUAGUAUAGAGGUAUUUUUCCUAUAAAAAGCCUCCUACUUGAUUUUGUGCUCAUAAAAUGCACUUUCGUUUUACAACCUCUGAAAUGACUAAAUAUUGCCCUUUGGGCAACUUGAAUCUUUGCACUUGUUUUUUCCAGAGUCUACCUCAGUUAACCAGGCAUAGUUUUAGGAGGAAGUGAAUUGAAACCAUAUUUAAACUCCAUUCAGCAUCUAUGCAGAUUUGUUCAAGCACUUCCUUCUCUCUCCUCUUGCCCUCCCUCCACUACUUUUUUUUUUUUUUUUUUAAAUCUUGAGAUUUAAAAUAUUUCCCUUUGCAAAGCUAUAUAUUCCAAAUUAAGCCUCUGUGAAAUCUCUGCAUGAUUCUUUCUCUUUUUGGUGUGGCUUCAUUAUUUGGAUGUGUUUCGUUUCAAGGAGCAGUUUCAGACAUGACACAUGUCCCCUUCUUUCCCAUAGCUUCAUAAAUGCAGACUAUUUUGAUAACAGUAAAAACCUUGGAAUCUAACUGUUCCAGUGUCCAUUCUCUAAGAACCCACGUGUUUUAUGAAAACAAACAAAAAUGGACGCAGGUCUAUUCAUGUUUUGGUACGGCAACAGGGAGUCGCCUUGAGUUACCAUUUUGUGGAUGGCUUCCAGCAGAUCAUUACAUGUUAGGAUGGUUUGUAUAUGGCUAACAGUUUUGUUUCAGUGUUUGUCUCUCAGUAUUUUGAACCUAAUUCAAAGAAAAAGAUGUUUCCAGAUUGUAUUUCUUCAACGUGCUUUUCCUUAACAUUUUGCUCUGCUACUUUGCUAGUCUCCUGAGCUUAGUUGUCUUUGUGCAUAGGUUUUGAUUUGAUAAUAAAUUUCUAGAGUGUU